UGCCGCGGAUUCGGAGGAAUUUGCUUUUUGUUGCACACUGGCACUUCCCUCAUCGCCAAAGCUGUGCAGCGCACUCACUCACUCGCGAGGAGGCCAGGAGGUGUGUGUGUUUGUGUGUGUGUGUGUGUGUUUUUGUGUGGAGUGUGAAAGAACCCCAGAUUAGCAGCACUAUGGCGUGCGCAAGUGCAGCAGCUGUGGCCGCAGCUUCUUCUGCCCUGCAGGUUUGCGAAGCCGGCUCCCGGUCGAGCCCCAGUAACGCGUCGCUGAAAGCCUCUGUCGGGCGUGUGAGAUGCCCACCACGAGCUCUCUCGCUCGACGAGUCUUUGAAGAAGGUUCAGCUUUUCGGGGAGAAGCAGAGAGGAUUCGAGGCUGUGAGGAGAAUCCAGCCAAUUCGGGCGCAAGCUGUGGAGAAUGAGCUUGCUUCUAAGGAUACUUCAGACUCUGUUACUUCCCAGAAGACUACCUAUUACUACUUGAUCGCGAACGCCAAGUUUAUGUUGGACGAUGAAGAGCACUUCCAAGAGCAAAUGAGUGAGAAGCUUCGCAUGUAUGGGGAGCGCAACAAGGAGCAGGAUUUCUGGAUGGUCAUUGAGCCUGAGUUCCUCGACAAGCACCCGGAGGUUGCUAAGCGAGUGGGAAGGCCGGCUGCUGCACUUGUGUCAACUGACAGAGUUUGGAUCACGUUCAUGAAGCUGAGAUUGGACAGAGUACUGAAAGGGGAAAUUACUACGGAUUCCCCCGAGGAGGCAUUGGCAGGCAAGCUUACCACCGUGGAGUUUGAGAGACCAGCCAAGUGGAUUGCCCCUUAUCCGAAAUAUGAGGGUGAUUGGUGGACUCCUUUCUUGUACAAGAAGGACUAGAACAGUCGUCAUUGCCAAUACUCAACAUUUUGCACUUUAUUUUAAGUGAAACUAUACAGCUGAAGACUUGGAGGACUCAGAAUUUCAUGUAGUUGCCUGAAGAUAGAGCUAGUUCAUCGUGCUCUUAUGUCUAGGAACUCGUCAGCCUAGUGAGCAAGGGUGUGAGGACGAGUGCGAGAGUUGAUGGUAACGAGGCAAAGGUGGUGGAGUAGCACGUAAAAGAGGUUUAUGGUUAGAAAAUUAUGGGUCUUUGAUGUCGAAGAUUAUGAGGUUUUGGCUUAUUAGCGUUUCUUUUGAAUUAGAUAUCAGUUUAGCUAAGUGCCAACUGGGAGAAAAAGUCUUAAAUGGAUUGUAUAUGGGAGCAUUUUUCUGCACCUCUAUCUUUAAUUCACUCCCUUAUCACUCCAGAUUUUAGUUAUUGAUUCAUUAAAAACUGUGCGAGGAAUCGAAUUGCUUUCCGAAGCAACCAUCUUUCCACUU